GAAGGUGUCAGAAGGCAGGGUGGUUUAAAUUUAACUGCAACAGGGCUGAUAUCUGCAUAGCAGGUCGAGUCUCUCUUCCUCUGCUCUCUCAUUCUCACACACACACACAUACAGUCUUCACAGUCACCAGCCACAGACAUCGUCAUAAACACACACACACACACACACACACACACACACAGCAGCUCCCUCAGUCUGUCAGGAGACGCUCCUCUUUUUCUCUCCCACCUAUCAGACCACCUGGAUUGUACAAGAGGCCAGCUGAGGACGCGACUGAGGAGAGAAAAGGGACGCUCACCGUUGGGAAGGGCAAACAUUCACGCUGAGGAUAACGCUUCAUUUGAGCCGGCAGGCUGAAGGCACAGCCAGUGGCACUGCAGAGGCACGAUAGCACAGUGGGCUAAAGCUUCACUGCAAGAGGUAGAGGAACAUGCGAUCCCGCAGCAACAGUCUGGAGGACGUAACCAAGGCCAAGCCGGUGCAGCAGCAGGAAAACACUCGCAAGCGAUCUACAGAGCGAGAAGAGCCCUCAGGCAGGGCUGAGCGCCGCAGUCGACACCGGGAGCCGCCGGACGACACUGGCACCAUUCAGCGCAAUGACAAAAGGGCUAAGAACAGCACCUGUGCUGGUGGGAGUGGGAGUGGCAGCACCAGCGGUGCUGCAAAGGCGGGUCAGAGGGAGAAGGGCAGGGACCUUUCCCGAGAUGACCUCGUCUUUCUACUAAGCUUGCUCGAGGGAGAGUUGCAGGCCAGAGAUGAGGUGAUCACAGUGCUGAAGGCAGAGAAAAUCGACUUGGCUCUGCUGGAGGCCAAAUAUGGCUUCGUCACACCACCGAAAGUCCUCCAGGCCCUGCAGAGGGACGCCAUCCAGGGCAAGGCUGAGGUCUUCCAGGAGGACAUCUAUGAGAAGCCCAUGGAAGAGUUGGACAAGUUAGUGGAGAAGCAGAGGGAGACGCAUCGGCGGAUGCUAGAGCAGCUGCUGAUGGUAGAACAGUCGCACAAACAGGCCCUUUUCAAGCUGGAGGAUGAAAAGAGGAACCACGGAGAGUUCAUGAAGAAGAGUGACGAGUUCACCAACCUGCUGGAGCAGGAGCGCGAGAGGUCAGUGUAUAAAAAAUUGAUGCCAGUCUUCCAACAAACGUAAUCACAAUCACUGCUUCAGCAAUGUAGUGUAAAUGUAUCUAUGCUGCUGUCCUAGGAUAAUUUUUUAUGAAAUAUGAUCUGAAAGCAAUU